GGUUCAACGGUUCAAACCUUGCCGACUGGAUUCCUUCUCCUACAUCUGCAUGCAGCCUUCACCUGUGCUAGCAUUCGAUAAAUUUCUCCACCCGCCAACAACUGACUACACUUUUUUUUUCUGGUCUUUUUCAAAAUUUGAUGCUCCAAUUUUAGUUUGUUUAGAAUUUUUUGGUGUGGGUUUUAAUUUAGUAGCCUCUAAUUUUCAGCUUGUUUCGGAGUUUCGCUUUACUUGAUUGUGUUGAUGAUGGCUAUUCAUUGAUGGUAAGAAAAGAGGCAUGAUUGGGGUUGCAUAUACUGAGAAACUUUGAACUUGGUAUUGAUAAUUGCAAAUGCUUUUGGAGCUUUGCUAAUUUGUUGAUGAUAAUGCUAAUUUGUUAUUCAUGAAGUUGUGUGGGUUUUGUUCAAUUAUAAGAUAAAAAAACAUGAAAAAGUUGAUGGCUAUGAAAAUUGUUCGAUAAUUUUUCUGGGUGUUAAGAGAAAAAGCUUACUUUUUUUUGUUUCGAAUCCGUCGUUCGAAGUUUCGAGCGAAAAAAUGCCGAGCAAGAAGAGGAGAAGAAAGGAAGAGAGACCCAAGAUCCACCCCAGAAACAAAUACUCCGACAACCAGCCCGAUUUCUCUCUCUUAGCUUCUUUAUACCCUUCGUUUAAAGACUUCGUCUUCUACAGUCGCGAAGGCCGACCCAGAAUCGACUGGACCGACUUCAAUGCCACCCGCGAACUCAGCCACGUCCUUCUCCUUCACGACCAUGGCCUCCACUGGUGGAUUCCUGAUGGGCAGCUCUGCCCUACAGUGCCCAACCGGUCCAACUACAUCCAUUGGAUAGAAGAUCUUCUCUCUUCUGACAUUAUUCCCAAAACUAACAGCAAUGGAGAUAAUGUGAGGGGAUUUGAUAUAGGAACUGGAGCCAAUUGCAUCUACCCUCUUCUUGGUGCGUCGCUUCUGGGCUGGAGUUUUGUUGCAUCAGAUAUGACUGAUGUAGCAUUAGAAUGGGCUGAGAGAAAUGUGAAAAGCAAUCCACAUAUUUCAGAAUUAAUUGAGAUUAGAAAUGCUAGAUGCUCUCCAAACAACCCUACCCCCGAGGGGUUAAAUAAUGGUGAGUCUGUUUAUUCUGAGGAAGGUGAAGGUUUGCUAUCCUCUUCUAUAGGUAUGCCAGCAAGUGAAGAUAAGAGUUAUCAUGGACCUCCCAUCCUUCUUGAUGUGGUAAGGGAUGGGGAGAGGUUUGACUUCUGCAUGUGCAAUCCCCCAUUUUUUGAAAGCAUUGAGGAAGCGGGAUUGAACCCAAAAACUUCUUGUGGUGGGACUCUUGAGGAGAUGGUUUGUCCUGGUGGAGAAAAGGCUUUCAUUACUCGUAUUAUUGAAGAUAGUGUUGUGUUGAAGCAGUCCUUCCGGUGGUAUACUUCAAUGGUUGGCAGGAAAGUGAAUCUCAAAUUCCUAAUAUCAAAGCUUCGAGAGGUCGGAGUUACUAUAGUCAAAACAACUGAGUUUGUCCAAGGCCAUACAUGUCGAUGGGGACUUGCUUGGUCCUUUGUGCCACCUGCCAAGAAGAUAAUUUCACCUCAUCUGACUGAGAAGAAUAUUCUUUCUUUCAUGCUUGAGGGUCUUCAAUGCCAGUUUGGUGCCAUUCAUGUAUUGCAGUCAGUUGAAUCCUUUUUCCUCACUGGCGGUGCAUCUUGUAAAUUGAAUGCCUCUUCUUUUACAGUUGAUAUUACUGCAUCAACUGAGCAAUGCAAUGCUCUCCUGAACAAUGAAGUAAAACAUCUCAACGAAGUUGCUAGUUGCAGUGAUGUGCAAGAGGCAUCCUUAAACCUGUCCUUUCGUGUUUCAGUUUUUCAGCAAAUCCCAGGCACACUUCUUGUGAAAGGAUCAUUACAGCAUAGAGAUAGCCCACUCUCAGGAUUGUUCUCCUCAAUAAUCCAACAGUUGGAUGAUGCUUUGAGACGUAAAUUUUGUAGAGAAAAGGCUGGUGCCAAUUAUUCGUAGACUCCAAGCCUUAUUCAGCAAUGGAGCAUUUAGAUUUGAUACCUUUGAAGCUCAUGCUUAGGAUAGUAUCCAGCUCAGCUUCUACCAUGACACUGUUAAUAUCUGAUCUUCAGGGUCUUACCUUCCAUGGAAUUUUCAACCGGAUAAAACAGUGAAAAAAUUGAAUAUUUGUAUAACCUUCUCGUUUGAAGAAAGGCUAGAAGAACAUUAUAGAUUGUAUUUUAUAAUGGCAAGCAGCAAUUCUCGAUUUUAAAGAUUGA